AUGGUUCGUGAGGCCGUCUUCGAUGGACUCGCAAGCACUUGGGCAGCUGGAGCUGGUGGCGCUCAAGGAGCUUACUCGCAGGGCGAGCAUGCUACGUUACCAUGGACACCAGACGCCUCCUGGCAGAGAAACUGGAUGGGUCAACCUGAGUGGCAAAGCUCCCCGCUGCCAGGCGGGUGGCAUCCCUCCUACAUGAUGACCGACGCCACUGGGACAAGCCAGUUUCCGGGGCUCCGCCUGGAUUGGGCCAGGUUCAUCCUGGAUCACCGGCUGGUGGAGCUGGAUGGGCACCUCCUUGGCCGAACUUUCCGAUGGCUGGACAACCUCCCGCAGCUGCUCCUCCUGGACCAUGGAGCACCCCGCAUCCUCGUGCCGGACCCGAUCAUGUACACCCCGGUGGAGCUGGGGCGCUAUAUCCUGGACUAUGGGCACCCCCGCGUAAUCCUCAAGGACCAGCAAGCGAACGAGCUGGCGGAGUUGCGGCGGCGAAUGGAUGUCACGGCGCAGACGCGUGGCAUGGGCAAGAUGGAAGUACUCCCGGAACUGGAUGGCCCAGCCCGUGGGGCUGGGGCGGCUCGCAGCCCAAAGGUGACUACGCCGAUCCUCCAGCAUGGCCGGGAUGGACAUAUCGGAAGCAGUGGGAGGAGAGCCGAGAAGGUGUUGCGAUCACUGGGAUGGGAGAUGCAGGUAGACUUCGAGCACCUCUCCGAAGCCGAGCUCUCCAGUCCAGGGUACUUGGAGGCAAUCCUGGCGGUCAUGAACCUGAAGGCUGGAGUUCGAGAAGACGAUGAGAAGAGGCAAGCCUUCCGGGACGUGAUCCAUGGAGUAACCCGGAAGAAAGACGAGAGCUUGGGACAGUACGCCACCCGGCGCCUUCGUGACUUUUCCAAAGCCGAGACCUACGGGAUCAGCCUGCCGGCCGAGUUUCGCGUGUCCCUGAUGAAGGAGGGCGCGAACCUCACGGACCAGAACCUCCAGAACCUGGCCGUCCUCACCCUGGGCAAGGAGAACGACGUGGACUUCCUGGCAGCCGCCAUGUCCAGGUUGGAUGUUCGAGGAGAUCGUCUUUCAGGGUACGUCCGUGAGGAUCAAGCUGACUCAGGUCGAGGGAGCGUCUACGCCGAGGGGAUGGACAACAUCGAUGAAGCCGGCGGCAGCGACACGGACUCGCAGGACGACGAGUCGAUUCCGGACGAGGCGGUUCUGGCUGAGCUGGAGGAUCUCUCCUUCAAUGAAGAGCAGGCGGCGUUGGUCUUUGCGCUGAUCGAGAAUCGACCUCCUCGGCGACGAAGGACAUGGAAGGAGAACAAGCUGUUCAAGGCUGAGGUGCGCAAGGACCGGAAGCCCUUCAGGCCGAAUGCCUCCGGGGACACUAGCAAGGUCUCUGGCUUUUGCUAUCUUGGCCCUUCGUCCAGCAGCUCCUUCGUUGGCAUGACCCACACGGAGCUCCAGUACCUCCUCUCCCGGGUGAAAAGUGAGGAGAAAGGCACGAGCGAUGUCAAGGGCACCUUCCUGGCACUGCAGUCCGGAGCCGCGAUCUUGGACAUUGGCGCCACGCAAGACUUGAUCGGAGAGGCAGCCUUGAGUGCCCUGGAGCAGGUUCUUGCCUCCAAGGGCCUGAAGCCAGUGGAGGUUCCGGCGCCUGGAGGAGCCCCGACGGGCAUAGGUGGAGCUGCGACCGUGAAGAAGGCAGUCUUGGUUCCCAUAUCCUUGGGCGGAGUCCCAGGGACGGUCCACUUCGUGGUCAUCAGCGAGAACGUGCCGCCCCUCCUGUCCGUGGGAUUGCUGGAGCACUUGGGAGCGACUAUGUGCCUGACGACCAACACCGUGGAGUUCAAGACGAUCGGGGUGAAGCAGCCGAUGCGCAAGGAGUCCUCCGGCCACAGGACCAUCCCACUGGUCGAGUGGGGAGGCGGAUUUUUCCCAGUGCCCGACGAAGCUCGGAAGAAGUUUGGGCUAGCUCGGGAUGCUUUCAUGCUGAAGGGCAAGGACUCCUCCGCGUACGCAAAACAAAAGAGUGAGAAGCCGAGAGUUCCUGAUGUCAGCUACGUAGAGGAAGCGUCAGAUCACUCUGCUGAGACAUGUCAAGUGAGCACUGGAGAGUCUGCUGAUCAGAGUGCCACCCGCGUGAUGUACACUCGACUUGUCCUGGCGGAGAGAGGCCAGAAGUCGUCCAAAUCGGAAAGGAGGAAGUUCCUGGAGGCCGAUGCUCAGAUUCCUGGACGGUGCCUACACGCGGGCAAACACAUCAACCGGGGCAAUCAGUACGCCAGCUGGCAGGUGUGCGGAAGCUGCGGAGCGCGGAUCAACUACGCCCAGAGGGGCAGACCGCAAGCGAAGGCCAAGGCUCAGGCCUCAUCAAGCACCUCCCCGACACCUCCGACGACGUCCAGGCAGUCAACACCUCAACUUCUGGGAAUCGGCACGAGACCUCAGACCGAAAGCCCCGGAAGUACGUCAAGUGGGACUUCGGAGAUUGCCAGCGCGCUACAGACGAUGGCCAUGGGCUUCCAGCAGAUGAACCACACUAUGGCCGAGCUGACGCGAGGUCAGAAUCGGAUGGUCUCCAUGUUGAUGAACCAGACGGAGCAGCGCAACUUCGGCAACCUAUCUCUGGAGGAGACCUCCGGCUUGGCGGCCAGGACGACGGCAGAGCACUUCCCGAUGAACGUCGACGAGGGAGAGACGGACGAGAGUCCAACCUGCAGGACGCUCCUCCCGCUGGCCUACGUGGAUGACCACCAUGGUUUGCGCGUCUACGUUGAUCCAGUGGGGACAGUGCACUCAGGAGAUGAAAGAGAAGUUGACGCAGCAUGGUGGGGGAACCAACAGCUGGCUAGUGCAUUGCGAUCUGAGUCGCUCCGGGCUCAGGGAAGAGAAGCGGGGCGUCAGCGACCAGGACCAGGAGGAGAACUUCUCGACGGGCAUGUUCUCCACCGAUGGGCCAUCAAGCGCAAGCUCCUCUCCCUCUUCGAGCUCCACGACCAGAACGUGGGCGUCUUCGGCAUGGAUCUGAACGGGAAGGAGACUCCGGACGGUCCCUACUGGCACUUCUCUGCGGAAUCCCUGGGUGACUUCGUGGCCGGAGCGGACGACGUCGGGGACGUGUUCAUCAAGGCCGAGGACGAAGAGGCAGUACGUGGUCUUGGGAAUUUGGUCCGAGGUCGACGCCGAGAUGUCAACGGAAGCCAGCUGGACCUCCUGGAGAUAUUCGAGGCUGGAGCUCUUUCCACCAUGGCACGACAGAAUGGACUGAGAACCCUCGAGGAGCCCAAACGCUUCUCGGCAGCUGCUGGAUGGACUGGAAUCGAGAAGGGGUAUCGGCAGCAGGUGCGGAAAACUCUCCAGACCGGACGUCCCGACAUGGUGAAGAUGCAGCUGAAUCAGGGCGUCGACAUGGCAAGCCAGAGGAACGAUCGAGAAGUUCACGAAGGUAAAGUACGGGCAGGCCUAGCCAUGGAGAUCUUGGAAGAUCAGAGAGACCAGGGCAAACCAGGGCAGGAAGCCGAAGUUUGGAGGCAUCCGGCGAUGUCGAGAGCCACCGAAGACCCCGAGGUCUCCAUCAUGAUCGAUUCCAACGGCGUCAAGCUCAUGACGAACGACACCGCGCUAGCCGGGAAGCUACAAGGGAAUCUUCACGGAGGGCAGCAGAAGUCCUUCAUCGAGCUCAAGGAGAUCUCAGGGUCUCCUGAGGGCAAGAACGACGAGUUUGCCAAGUCCGAGAGUCUGGCCCGGAAACUCCGAAGCGAGCAGGACUUCUCCCACAGAGCAUGUCAACGACUACUUCGAGAAGUUCCAUGGGAUAAGCUCCCGGUGGGAAGGAAUGUCGAUGGUCCCGUUGCCCGUGAGCGAAGAAGCAGCGUCACUCUGGGGCAGUACACCCACGGUGGGACACAAGGGAUCACCCGAGCGACACGACUGAUGCCGGAGCUCACGAGGUACCUGAACCAGUACAUGACAUGGCAAGGAGCCCUUGGUCCCAGGUCAUCACUGGCAAUAUCACGAAACCUCCGUCUCGCCUAUCAGAAGGACCUGCAGAAUGUUGGCAAGAAUUGGACCAUAGCGUUCGGCAAGUUCCAGGGAGGCGAGGUGUGGGUCGAGGAAGAGGGAGGUCCUUCUCUCAGACAGGUACGACCUGGAAGAUGGGUGGCGGGAAGAUGCCACCGGACUCAUCAUCACUUGACCGAAUUCGACCCGAAGGCCUUCCAUGGGAUUGAGCCCUACCGCGGGAGCCGCUGGAGCGUGACGGUCUACCAGACCAGGUCGUCUCAGAACCUUCAAGCACUUGAGCAGGCGACCCUCGGUGACCUGGGAUUCAAUCUCGCAGGUUAUCCAGCACGAGAUCACGGGCGAGACUUGGCAGUCCUCGACCACGUCUUCUACGGCCAAGCCGACGACAUCAUUCGUCCGGAGGGGUCAUUUCCCACCAAUGCCGAGGCUGAGGACGAAGACGAGGAGGCCGAGGAGGACAACCCCGCGCCAGCUGCGAAAGGAGUCGCCGCUGGGGCCACAGCAUCAAGGGCUCGAGUGUCGGAAGAGCAGAAGAGACUCAUCCGCAAGCUUCACAUCAACACAGGACAUCCCCCCGCCGACAGAUUCUUGAGGACCUUGAAAGCGGCAGGAGCGCUCCCACAUGUUCUGGAGUAUGUCCGCGACCACUUCAAGUGCGACGACUGUGCCGUGAAGGUCCAGGCGGAUUCGAGGAGAAGAGCUCAGUGUCCAAGGCUAUAUUCCUUCAACCGGGUCGUGUCCGUAGACGUGAUGUACUUACCAGGACGUGUUGUUCGGCUUUUCUGA